GUAGCACCAAACGUAAUCGAAUUCCUGAAAUCACCAGUUAACAUAAUCGAUUUUGCGGCCACACUGAGCUUCUACAUCGACAUGAUCCUUAUUUUUGAGAAGAAGUCGCAGCUCCUGGACUUCAUCAGUAUCAUAAGGAUAUUCAGGUUGUUCAAGCUCACCAGGCAUUCACCAGGCUUAAAGAUACUCAUACACACCUUCAAGGCUUCCGCCAAAGAACUAGGAUUGUUGGUGUUCUUUUUAGUUCUGGGCAUUGUGGUGUUUGCUAGUCUUGUGUACUAUGCUGAGAAGAUGCAGGACAACAAGGAUAACUGCUUCAAAAGCAUCCCAGAGGGUCUGUGGUGGGCGAUAGUGACAAUGACCACAGUAGGCUAUGGCGACAUGGCGCCCAAGACCUAUGCUGGAAUGUUUGUUGGUGCCCUUUGCGCCCUUGCGGGGGUUCUGACCAUAGCUUUGCCGGUGCCCGUCAUAGUUUCUAAUUUUUCGAUGUUCUACUCACACACACAGGCACGGGCAAAGCUUCCGAAACAAAGACGUAGCGUCCUACCAGUGGAACAACCACGUCGCAAGAAAACGGAACAACCCACAAAUCGAAGAAUGAAUGCUAUCAAGCACAAUCCCGUAGCCUUAAAGAACCAAUUUGAAGAUAAAUCUGGCGAUAAUAAUGGUGUCAAUUUGAUAGGUUUAGCUCUACAAGGACCAUCAAUGCCUAGUAUAGCAGUACUGCAUCACAAUGGGCCAUACACCAUCCCCAUAAGACCGGAUAUACCAAGUCCGUCUGAAAUUCCCCCCAUAGCUCAAAUCAUCACCCCCCUCCGACCCCGUCCAGCCACUGUGGGCAGCGUGGAUGUGCUUCCCCUGCAACCUAAAUACCUACCCACUUUCGACCGUGAGCGACGGUCGGAACCCAGAGAGACUACGAGCUAUCAAGAGAACCUGGUAGCAUGCAAGUCGGAGCAGUUUACAUCAAGGUUUUUCAAUGAAGUAUGUCCUAAUCUGACAGAAAAAGAGAUUAGCCUAGCGAGCGUCCCAGCAAUGGCGAUAGGCAGUUCCACAGAGGUCUUGGUGAGCAUAGUAGAGAAUCAAGCCAAGCUGCGUAAACGGUCACUUAUGACGAUGCCUUGCGAUCCCAGGAACCUGGAAUCAGCUAUGGAGAAGGACUCUCCUGACUUCGAGAACCUCAAGUCGCCCAGCACUGAGUUUACCACCUCGACGGUGGAGUCGACACCUGCGGAGGAACGUGUAAGGGCCGAGUGUGAUAUUAGCAGGCGUGGUAGUGACAAAUACAUCGUGUACUAGUUGAGGGAUCAGUGUUUCAUGAUAAUUUAUAUUAUAUUGUUGCGACUCAUUGGAUAGAAGGAUUUCUUAUCGUUGUUGUAACACCAUAUCGUCGCUAAGGUACUAACACUGCGUAACUAAAAAAAUAAUUAAUAAGGUAUGCGUGUACUUGAAAAGAGUCAUCAGUAAACAGUAUUUCAAGGACUUAGGGGCCAAACAAAUAUGGGGAAUUAUAAAACAAGAAUGUGAUUCGAUAAGGGAUCCAAAGACCCACCGUUAUUUUUGCUCUCCUAAAAAGUUGUCAGUUUUGAGAGAUGCGAUAUUAGAACUUGCGCGCUUUUGACUACCAAUUCUUUACAAGCGUUGCGUAUUUCUAAUUAGCCGUUUAGUACUAUAAUUCAUGAAUACUGAAUACUAAUUGAUAAAAGUUUGUAUAUCUUUUUUCGUAAUUUGCCUUCAAUAGAGAAUUCUGAAAUAGUCACUUUUAUCCGAUGACUUGCAAUAACAAGAUUCGAAGAUUUUUACUAUAAUGCAUAUCUAAGUGUGAAUACGACACAAAACAUCAUUAUUAUCACUGUUGUCAGGUCUAUUAUCAGUGUGGUUAGUCAAUGGUAUGAUUUGAAUAUGGGCCAAUAAUAACACAUUUUUUUAAGGUUCAUUUAGUCUGAUAGACUGAUUAUUGAAUCGGACCCUUUCUGUUCUAAAUACUCGUAUGAGUGUAAAGCAGAUCCAUGGUUUUGGUUGAUUAUUGCACGUUUAGACUGUCUAUCGAUAGUUUAGAAUCCCGAUUUAGUCAAAGAAAAUUUGAGACUUUUUAUAACUCAUAUGCAUUUAGAGGGACCAAAAACUUUUAAAUUGAAUAAAAAUAGAAAGCAUAAAAAGUACAAAAUAAACUAAGCAGUAGAGGUUUUGGCCACAUGUCCAAAAAUAGUUUUUUAUUAGAUAUUAUAGGAAUAUUCCGUCCCUGGAAACAACUCAAAUUUCAAAUAGAUAACAUCUAUGAGAUUUUUAUAUUUGAGUAUCGUAGAACAUUUGAAUCUUGAACUAUCACCAAAUUUUUUUAUUCUAGUGCUUCAAUGCUUUUAAGUACCCAGACUUCGUCAUUUUUGCAUUUUGGUCCAAAACUAACCAUUUGGUAAUAAUUAACUCAAGUAUAUUUAAAUAAGCGCAUGGUCACAAUACUCUCCACUUUCCACUUCAAAUCUAUAAUAACACAUAACAAGGCACAAAAUAUUAAACAAAUAAUAGUGUUGCUCUAGUACGCUCACAUUAAAAACAAAAAAUGCUGUCACAGUAUAAUAGAUCAUUGAUGUCCGUUUUUGUUUUUAUUGUGGGCGCAGUGUGAAAUACAAUCAGGUGCUGAAAAAGCAAAAUAUUCAUGCAAGUUUAAAAUAAAUACGCUUUAAAAUAUUUAAAUGUAAAAACUUCGUAGAUGGAAUCAAUAUGAAUUAUUUUCAGAGCCGAGCCGAGCAUAUAGAGCUUGAUGCUUCUACCAAGCAAAUCUAAACUUUAUAUUUUCAUCACAAGUUUAUAAACUUGCCAUGAUCAACUGAAACUUAUGGAAGCUUUGACCUUGCUACAUCAUCAAGUAUUAUGGUAUUUCCUUCUUACUACCAAUAGUUAGGACUGAAUGAAAAAGUAUUUAUUCAUGAGACAUUUUCCAUAAAAAUAAUGUUAAGCAAGGCUCGUGUAGCAGACCCAAGCAUAGUGAGCCACAGGAUCAGUAUAGAACCGAAAAUAAUACACUGCUCAUUCAAAUAAUGGCAACGAUGCAGCGCGUAAUGCCACUGUUACGUUAAUGGUCUUAAAUGCAAGUUGACAGCAACUAAACAUUUUUAGUAUGAUAUGAUCUGUUGUGUUACUAGAAGUCAUAAUGAAUCAAAAUCGCAUAUUGACGCGUUUAUUCUUUCCAACCAAGUUUUUAUUUAUUGAAAAGUUUCCUAAUUGAAUAUCAACAUGUAAGGGGGUAAUCUUUGGGUCCAUCUUAAGAAGUAAACCUUACAUGAACCUAUGUCCCCUGAAGAUCUUAACGGCACGCCACCGACCUUUCUUAUAGAUAAAAAAAAUAGUAGUAGUAGUAGAUACCAUUCAGGUUUUUCGGGCUGUUGAGCCGUAUUGGGGUUGGAUUUUUCGGCUACAUCUGCGGUAGCCACCUUCAGCGGCACUGUCGGCGAGAGCGAAGUGCUCGGCUUGGCGGGUCGACUGAAACUGAUCGGCCAACUGGAUGGGCGUACGGUUUUAUAGGCGAUCGGCAGACUGAGGACUGAGCUGUCUGGUAGGGGAGUCUGGGUCUCUUGAAUGACGUGGUUUUUGUGCUGUGUUUUUUAGAAUUGGGAACCACGUUUUGUUUAAAGCCAGGCCUUCAGUUUGGUAGAACAGAACAUUGUGGCCAUCUUGGAGUGCGUGUUUGGCUACCUCUGAUUUAUCAGUUUGUUCCAGUCGACAGUUUCUUUCAUAUUCCUUGAUGCGUGUUCGGUACUUUACCACAGGAACACGGUAUUCUGUAUACGCCGUCACCGCUCAAGGGGUCCCUAGGGUCCUUUACUGAUGUUAGGAGUUGCUGGAUUUGAUUUGUCGGCUUGUAGAUGGUCUUGACGUUGCGUUUCUGCAGCAACCUACCUAUUUUAUCUGUAAUGCCUUUAAUGUAUGGUAGAAAGGAGACUCCCGUAGGUGGUUCCUUGUCUCCUGCCGGCGGUCUGCUUUUUUGUCGUGAAACCUGCUUUAUUUGUUCCCUGCUAUAGCCUUUUGCUUGUAAGACUAUGGUAACAUGAUCCACUUCCCCCUGCAGGUAUUGAGGUUCACAGAUUUGGUGUGCCCUGUCUAUCAGAUUUUUAGUGACACCUCUUUUUUGUCCAGGAUGAUGGUUGUGUAGAUAUUUGUCAGUGUGUGUUGCUUAGCGGUAAACUCUGUGACCCAUCUCUAAGUUCUCUCGUCUUACCACCAGGAAGGCCAGUUGAUUGUCCUCUUCUAUCUCCAUUGUGAAUUUGAUUUUGGGGUGAAUGCUGUUUCGCUGAUUUAGGAUGACUGCUAGUUAUGUUCUUUCGUGGCUCCAUACCACGAAGGUAUCAUCCACAUACCGUAGCCAACAACUGGGACGAUUGGGAGCGGUGUUCAGUGCCUCUUCCUCGAACUUUACUAUGUAGAAAUUGGCAAUUAUAGGGCUUAGCGGACUUCCCAUUGCGACGCGUCAGUUUAUUCAUAAAAUUGAUUGUUCCAUGCGCCACUAGACCUAUCACUGGAUUACCUAAAGCAAGUUUUUCCAGAGAAUAUCCAACAAGACCACGGCUCAACAGCCCGAAAAACCUAAAUGAAAUUAGAAUUAGCCGUGAAAGACUUCAUCCUUCAAGUAGUAGUAGAGUCUGUAUUCAUUUAUGAGAAGAUCUGAUCUCUUGAAUCUUUUUAUUCCGACGAGCAGUUUUCGCCUAAAAAAGUAAACGAUACUGUUAUGAUCAUGCAGAGAAACGGUUUUCAUUUUUUUAAGCGAAAACCGUGCAUUGAAUCGAAAAAAGUAAGCAAUCGAAUAUGUUUAUAAAUGACUGGGGAUUUCUAGAGUGAUUAUUAUUUGAAGAAAAAUCAAUGUCUGCUAAAGAAGACAAGUGAAAUUCCAAACAAACGCCUCGGGUGGAAGAAAAUAAAGUAAAUAAUGUGGUACAUCAAAAAUGCUUCUGAUUGAAAUAUCUGAACUGGUAUUAAGAGAUAUUAUGUAUCUCUCGUAUAAAGCUUUCUUCUUAAAAUGGAUCCAACAGCUUAAAUAUUGACAUUAAUCAAUAAAAUCAACAGUUUUCGAAGUUUUUCAAUUUCUGUAAUCUACCAACAAAGACAUUUUGCCCUAAGUAAUAAAAAGCUUCGUAUGAUAGAUUUUCUUGGUUUGCACGUAAAUUAAGCGAUUGUAACCCGACUACAGUAACCCAAAGGAGUGUAUUUUUUAUUGUGCUAUCAAGACUAAUCAAAUGUCAAAAUCCAUCAAGUCAUUUCAAGUUUAACCCAUGAGACAUAAAUUUCAAGGCUUAAGCUUAAUAUCCACCAUUUUGAUCUUAUAAAAUUUUGGUAUACAUCGGGUCACUCUCUCUCUCUUCCAUGAUCAAUCAAGACGUUUAAGCUGUAGCGCAUGAAGCAGAAAUUUAAAACUUUUUUUAUUAAAAUUCGCCAUUCUAUUAUUAUAAAUCCCACCAUCACUUGUAGUGCUAAGGCAAAACUAACGACACUCACAUGUCAAAAUCCAUCAUGCCGUUUAAGCAGUAGCCUGUGAAAUAGGAGUUUCAAGGGUAAACCUAUCUUCAACAUCCGCAAUUUUUUUAGUAAGUUUUAAUGUAGUCAACAUUUUUGUCGUACUGCUGAGAACAAUUCAAGAAUAUCUCUCAUAUCAAAAGCAACUAAGCUGUUUAAGCUUCAGCUUGUGAAAUAGGAAUUUUAAUGUUGAUUGUUUUAUUAUUUAUAUUAUAUAUAUAUUUCGUUUUUAUAAUUCUUUUGUUACAAAGAUACAUAGGUGUACAUACCCACGCGCCAAAAAAUUACAGUCGGGUGAAAAGUCCGAAAAUAGUAACUAUACAAAGAAAUUAAGUUAUUCUAAGAAACAGAAUGAUUUCCUUUUCAGUUUUCCUCAGAACAAUUUUGUUAAGAAUUACUCGUACAUUAAACUAUAAAUUAUUAGAACGACUUGUCAGAUUUCUAAAAUGCUCUUAAAUGAUCAUUUUAAUAACUAUUUCUAAUAAAGAUACUAAUUUCUCAGAAGUCAUUCUCAGUUCAAGCCGAGCUCGCGAGAUGGUAGUCAGGUAUUUAUUUACUUUCUAGCUCCUUUUAUCACCGUUGAGGUAAAAGGGGAAUCAUUAUUAUGAAAUCAUGGUCUGAUCUACAUUGGUUUGACCGUCUAUUUGUAAAAAAUAUGAUAAUAUGAGUGUGUUUUUCAGUAAUUUUUUGGCUUACUGUAAUUUUUAAUACUAGUUACGACCCUGUUCUAAGAAAUACUGAAAACGAAAAAUAUAUUUCGGGUUAUUGUUGAAAAAUUACAAAAAUUGAAAAAUCUAAAAAAAUCAUAUAUAUGGGGUGACAUGUUUUGCAUUUCGGGCUUCUUGUCAUGUCCUGGAAAUGAUCCGGCAAAUUACUACUAUGCUUAAAUAUGUUUUCCAACAGUAAUAGUAAACAGGAGGACGCAUAAGACCUGUGUUAGGCCUAAUACAAAUUCGAUAAAAAAUUAAGGGAUAUGGCGAUCAAAACGUUUGAAGGGAAUUUCGAGGUAAUUUCAAAAAACGUCGAGGAAUCAAGACUACGAGAUUAAUUUCGAAAUUACUUUCUUUUUUUUGUAGUAUGAUUUUAAACAUCUAAAAAGAUUCUAUAAAGUUUUCUAGAACCCCACAUUGCAAUCAGUCCUUCAUCGUAAUUGGUUUGAAUAGAUGAUAAUUACAGCGGAGCUCAGCCGUGAAGUAUUUGUUAAUCGUAAACGAUAUUAAAUAUAGACUUCUAUACAGGGUGUCUGCGAAAGAUUGGGAAAUCUCGAAACUGGACAUACUACAGACCAAAAUAUGUGGAUUGACCUAAACAUACCUCAGUCCAAAAGUUGGUAGCUUGCGAGAUACAGGGUGUCAAAGUUUCAAUUUUAUUUUCUAUUUUUCCUUAUUGCUUGAGAAGUAUUUCAGAUUUUGGCAUUAAGCUCGGUAUAGGGAGGUUUUCAAGUAUGAGAAACAAAAAUCCGACAUUUUUUAUAGCAAACUUAUAGGGGGCGUCACUUGCAGCACUAUUUCGGUAAAAAACUUAUCAUAACUUUUUUGUGCUACUCUGUAUAAAACAACUGACCGAAAAAUCUUAUUAUCUCGUACUUCCACAACAAAAAAGGUUUACAUGUUAGAAGUGUCUAAAACUAAUAUUUUUUGAGAUAUUUGUUUUUAAAGCAACAUUUUGCAAAUCCGUACAUUAAAUACAUAUCAGAAUAUUCAUCAAACUUAUACUCCAUGAUGUUUAAGAACUAAUUGUCAACAUAAACUUAUUCAUAAAGUUUAAAGCAAUAUUAUGACAAACAUUAGAAACCAUAACAACGCUACUCAGAUGUUAUACAAAGCAACAUGAUUAUUGUGUUAAAAAAGUAUUUUAUCAUCAUGGUACAAAUAAUGCAUUGGAACUCAUGACGCCCUCUAGAAGUUUGGCCAUAAAAAAUAACGGAUUUUUAUUUCUUAUACUAGAAAACCUCCCUAUACCGAGUUUUGUGCCAGCAUCUGAUAUACUUAUCAAGCAAUAAGGAAAAAUAAUAAAUAAAAUUGUAACUUUGACACCAUAUUUUGGUUUGUAGUAUCUCCAGUUUCGAUGUUUCCCAACCUUUUGCAGACAUCCUGUAUAUGUUGCUAUUUGGGGGCCAAGUCAUCAUACUCAUCCAAAUGGGCUCUUUGAUUUGUCAGUUUCCAUUUGAUACUAAUAUCGUUCUCCACUGACAUGCACUAAGUCAUCGCAAAUGGAAUUGCAAUUCCGGUAACGGUGUAGGGCAAUAUGAAGUGGAAGCGCAGUAGCGCGGAAACACAAUCAGUGCAGGACGGAUAUUCAUCAAUUAUUUCACAACCUAUUUGAGUUAUGUAUAUGACCUAGUAUUUAUCAUAUUUCUUGCUUAUACCACCAUAGCGAAGUUCACAAAUUUUGAGGAACUUGUACAAACGACGUAGUAUUUAGGAAGAUAAUGUAAACUAGCAAUGAUUUUCCCAGAGGAGCACACGAUAACAAAGAAAAAUGCACUGAAGAACCUGGCAGCACAGCCCAAUAAGACGUGCGUAAAUGGUGCAAAAGUGCAUGCCGGUGGAAAACACUAUUUCUUUGACUUGGUGUGAAUUUCACACUGACAGUGAUCGCUGCAGUGUUGUGGUAUCUUAAGCGCUGGCAAUAUGUAUUUAUAAUAGAUUUUGGCCUGACGAUUUUCUAUGUUUUAUAAACCGCAAUGAACAGGGAUAUUCAAAUUAUGAUGUAGAUGUAUUCUAUUUGUGUACAUUAAAACCUUAUUAUAGUUCUCCCGAUAUGCCUCAAACCUAAAUGAAACAAUUGUUAAAUGUUGUCGUACCACUAUGAAAAUGUUUAUGUUAUACCACAAAUCUUUUUGAGUUUUUAGUAUGCAGCA